AAAUCCCCCCCCCAAAGUCAACUCCGCAGAUCAUCAAACUAACACAUUGGCUGAAAGGAAGCGGUCCGGGUCAAUAAGCAGAAGGUACGUUUCGCUCGGCAUUCAAAUAGUACACGACUGUCGUUCUUUAGGGUUCCCUGUGACGUUCAAAGACCACCGUAGGUUUGGACACUGAAAGAAGCAGUAAGAAGCAGCAUCGGAUUCUCUCUUGUCAUGGCGAACACGCCGCCGAACACCUUGACCCCACUUGCCCGGGCUCUGUCCCACCAUAAACUGGACGGGGUCGAAUCCAACGAGGUGCUCUCGCCUCGAAGUGCCCAGGUCCACCCGUGCCGAAGGAGGCAGCUCACGAGCUGCGGGUCGUUCGAUGCCCCCGCCGAUUUGGCCACCUCGCCGAGUGCGGCUGAAGCGCGCGUCUUGGUCAUCAACACGGGAGGCACCAUCGGGAUGACGCUUCUGGACAAUGUCCUUGCACCGAAAGCGAAUGCUUUUGUGCAGAUUUUGCGCAAGCUGCCCAUCCUCCACGAUGAGAUGUAUGCACAGCAGACGUGCAUGUAUGACUACUACGGAUCCGAGCGCACCCUAGUCCUGCCUUUGAGUAAAAACAAGAAGAGGAUAAUCUACACUAUUAUAGAGUACAGCCCUUUGCUGGACUCUGCCAAUAUGACCACAGAUGACUGGGGAAGAAUUGGAAAGGACAUUGAGAAAAACUAUGAAAGCUAUGAUGGCUUUGUGAUCCUUCACGGCACGGACACAAUGGCCUAUACGGCCUCUGCGCUGUCCUUCAUGUGUGAACAUUUGGGCAAGCCCAUCGUCCUCACCGGCUCGCAGGUGCCCAUCUAUGAGAUGAGGAAUGACGGCAGAGACAACCUGCUGGGGGCACUGCUCAUCGCCGGCCAGUUUGUCAUUCCUGAAGUGUGCUUGUAUUUCUACAACAAGCUCUAUAGAGGAAAUCGAGUGACCAAAGUGGAUGCUGGGAGUUUCAAUGCAUUCACGUCGCCUAAUUUGGCUCCUCUUGCCACUGCAGAGGUCGACAUUGCAAUUAACUGGGACACGGUGUGGAGGGCAAACACCACAGUAAAGUUUCAAGUCUCAACUGAGCUCAACCGGAAUGUCGGCCUGCUGAGGCUUUUCCCAGGAAUAACUGCUGCUACUGUGAGGGCCUUCCUGCAGCCACCCAUGGAGGGAGUGGUUCUGGAGACCUAUGGCAGUGGAAACGGCCCAGAUAACCGCUCUGACCUGUUGGAGGAGUUGAAGAAGGCCACCGACUCUGGCGCCAUCAUCGUCAACUGCACGCAGUGUCUGAGGGGGACAGUGUCUACAUCCUACGCCACCGGCAAGGUAUUGAUGGAUGCCGGGCUGAUAGCUGGUGGCGACAUGACGCCAGAGGCCGCCCUGUCAAAGCUGUCCUAUGUGUUGGCGAAGACGGAUCUUGAUCUAGAUGCCAAGAAAAAGAUGAUGGCUCAGAACCUGCGAGGUGAGAUGACUGCUGACUUGGCCGGCGCCAAGUUUAGUCUGAGCGAUAGUCGAUUCAUCCAGGUCGUUGCCAAGUCUUUGAGCAUUAGCUGCAAAGAGGAGCUGGAGGCCAUCCGUGAUGCUCUGACACCUUCGCUGGCUUGUGCAGCGACAAAGAUUGGUGACAUCGAGGCCUUGGAAACCCUAAAAGAAUUGGACAGUAAUUUGUGUCUGGGUGACUAUGAUGGACGGACCCCUCUGCACAUCGCAGCCUGCGAAGGAAACCUCAAAGUGGUGCAGUACCUGCUGACGGUUGGCGCCACGGUUUACGCAAAAGAUCGUUAUGGCGACACGCCCCUGUGCAAUGCUGUACGCUUUAGGCACAAGGAUGUAGUCGAGCUCUUGAGGAAGACGGGAGCCCACUUUUCCCGAGACGAGUUGGAGGAGGCAGGAACAGAACUGUGCAGCCUGGUAGUCAGCGGCGACCUGGAGGGCCUGGAAAUAUGGAGUCUCGCCGGAGCUGAUUUCAAUAAACCAGGCUAUGAUGGACAGACAGCAGUUGAAUUGGCCAAGGCUGUCGGUAAACCAGAAGUGGUGACCUUCAUACUACACAUCCUAAACAAAAAAAUGAAGACAGCAGAAUUGAAUGAGUAUGAUGAAUACGAUGAGGAUGAGGAGCAUCCAUCAGCAGGAGGAAAAGCAUCGAGAAAUCAAGAGCGUGCCAUUACACGCAUUCAAAUGCACUCGCAGAGAUUUAAAAAGCAGGGAAGAAGAAUUGUCAUUUGUUGUUGGUUUGCAAAACAUAGGAAUUCGAAUGGUGUAAAAACGGUGUUUUGGAUGGGUGUCCAGUUCAAUCCGUAGUGGCAAACAGAAAGUUACACAAAGAACCCUUUCACCCCAAAAUGCGCAAGAGUCCUAAAGAUGGAUUGAAAAUGACGAAGUAACAUGAGGUCCAAUGCGUUCACAUCAAACUGCCGAUUAAACAGUUACUAAACUAAAACGGUUCCAUUAAGUUUGUUAAGUUAACAUAUGUCAAAUGGCUUUGAGAUACAGAAAAGUUAAGCACUUUAUUUGAAUGUAUAAUUUUCACUUUGUAUUGAUUUGCUCUUAUUUUGAAUGCAACCCUCCUUUUGUUUGUACAUGAGAGAUCAUUAUACAGUUGUUGCCAUAAGUUUGAUUACUCUGGUAGAAUUGAUCAAAUGUGUCCCAUUCUUUAAAGAAAACAGGAAAGCUCAGCAAAACAUUGAAUUGGAUUUUGAAAUGGGAUUCAUAUUAAACUAUAAGGCAUUUCAGAAAAGCGCAAGCAUUACAUCAAAACAAAAAUAAAAAUAAUAAUGAGAUGGUCCUUGUUCAGUCAUCAUACAUAUAUAUUUUGAAAUGCCAAUAUUUCAACAAUUCUGCCAGGGCAUGUACACCUAUGAGCACAACUGUACAUAUCAGCAGUCGUACGUGUUAGCAGAAUCAGAAUCGUCUUUAUUUGCCAAGUAUGUCCAAAAAGCACACAAGAAAUUUGUCUCCGGUAGUCGGAGCCGCUCCAGUACGACAACAGACGGUCGAUUGACAGAGAACACUUUGGAGGCACAAAGACGUUGACAAAAAACAGUCACUGAGCAAUAAAGGGUUGCUAGUUAUCCGGUAAUGCCGGUAAAUGUUGUAUUUUUUUGACAAUUGUGCAAAAGAUGCAGAGUCCUCCAGCACUUAGAGCAGUUGGAAUGACUAAUAUCGCAAUAGUCCGGUGCAAUGAGCAUUGCGCAAAGGGCGCCGAGACUUCAAGGAGUGGAUGCGCUUUAAAGUGACGAGUAGCGCGAUCAUCUGGGACAAUGUUGAUUGUGCAAAUGUUGCAGAUACUCCUCAGUCAGUGUGCAAAUGGAGCAGAUGCUGCUCUGGCAUGAGUGGCCAGUAUAUGCAAAUAGUGCAGCGUGGCGAGACCACUACAGUGAGUGCACGAGUAAUACAUCAUUGGCCCCACACAAAUGUGACAACCAACUCAAGUCAAAAAAAUUGCCUGCAUGUUGUAAUGGAAUUGUACGUUAGCUGUUUAAGAAGUUGAUCGCAAGAGGGAAGAAGCUGUUGGAAUGUCUGCUAGUUCUAGUUUGCAUUGAUUACUUAACAAAAAUAAAUGCCAAAAGGUUUUUGAAUUGUAUUGCAUAAUUCGAUUUGAGUAUUUAUUACAAGCAGAUGUAGAUACAACAACGUGGCUACUUAAAUACACAGUGUACCACAAUAAAUUGGCACUGUUUGAUUUUCCUGACCUUUGUGGCAAUAUUCAGGAAAUGCCAGUAUUUUCAGGGUGAUAGCUCACAGCAACAUCCAUCCAUCCAUCCAUCCAUCCAUCCAUUUUCUGUCGCGCUUCUCCUCACGCGGGUCGCAGGCGUGCCGGAGCCUAUCCCAGCUGUCAUCGGGCAGGAGGCGGGGGUACGCUCCGAACCGGUUGCCAGCCAAUCGCAGGGCACACAGAAACAAACAACCAUUUGCACUCACAUUCACACCUACGGGCAAUUGAGAGUCAUCAAUUAACCUACCACGCAUGUUUUUGGGACGUGGGAGGAAAGCGGAGUGCCCGGAGAAAAGCCACGCAGGCAACGGGGAGAACAUGCGAACUCCACACAGGCGGGGCCGGCCGGGGAUUGAACCCGGAUCCUCAGAACUGCGAGGCUGACGCCCCACCCGAUAUAUCCGACAUGGAAACUCGGCAUCAAAUCCUCUCCUGGAAUAAUACAGUAGUUUGUAUAUACAAUAAGGAAUUCUGAUGCAUACUGUGAGUGGUGUGGAGAUGGUGCAUGUGGCGAGCAAGUUUGCUUCAAAGUCUGAGGUUCUUGGGCUUUUCUGU